CGCCCUCAGAAACACCGGAAGCAGUCGUGGGUUUUGGUGACGCUGCAUUAGACUCAAUAGACUGCAAGACAUGGACCGGUCUCGACUGUACGGAUGGUUCCUCUUGAGCCUGACUCUAGCUGGAGCUCAGGCGGUCACACCGGCGCACCACCUCUCCCUGGCUGAUGUGGCCCGGCUACAGAACCUCCUGAGCCAACCGUUCACAGACCUGGAGUCCGCGUACCACUCAGUCAUUGGCCUCACCAAGCUCGGAGCGGCUGUUCCCGACCACGAUCAAGUAUGUCAGUUCAUCAAAUCCCAGCUCGACCCCACAAGUGUCGACUCCAUCUUCUUUGCUGCUGAAACCAGUCAAGCCAUAUCUGGAUGUGAGAUCCCUGUGUCCAACGAAACCCGUGACAUUCUCCUGGCAGCAGUGAGUGAAGACUCCUCCAUGACUCAGAUUCACCGAGCUGUGAGCGCACUCAGCUCUCUGGGACUUCCUGUGGUAUCUAAGGAGGUCAUUGGUGCCCUGACAGCUCGCAUCAACAAGGAGGACAAUGUUAUGGCUAUCACCUCAGCUCUGCAAACAGCUGCUCGCCUCCCUCAGCAGGCAGAAUUUGGAGGAAUACUGGAGGAAAUUGAGGAUCUGACAGCUCGUUUGGAUGACCUUGGUGGUGUCUACCUCCAGUUUGAAGAGGGACUUGAGGCAACUGCCACUUUUGUCACUGCUGCCUAUUCUCUGUCAGAUCAUGUGGACAUGGAGCCCCCUCUCAAGGAGGACCAGGUCAUCCAGCUGGUGAAUUCCAUCUUCAGCAAGAAAUCCUGGGACUCUUUGUCUGAGGCCUUCAGUGUAGCAAGUGCUGCUGCUGCUCUUUCCAGCAACCGCUUCCAUGUGCCAGUCAUUGUCAGUGCUCAGGGCCCAGCCACAGUGUCCCACAGCCAGCCGACUCUGCAGCUCCUGGUCACUGAUGUCAUGUCUCAGCCUCUGACUUCAGCCAACGUGCUGGUGCAAUCUGCGUACGCUAUGGCCUCCAAGAGCAUCAUCCUCAGCCAAGCACCCUUCACACUUAAUGAUGGCGUCUUUGAACUGAACUUCAUGUCCACUCAGCCCGCCAGUGGUUAUUACCAGUUUACCAUUGCAGUUGCUGGGGAUAGCCGACUGGUUGCUAAUCACGUUGAGCUUAAAGUAAAGGUGUCCACUGAGGUGGCAAUCAGCAACAUGGACCUCUCUGUGGUGGAUAAGGACCAGAGCAUUGGCACAAAGACCACCAGAGUGGACUUUCCUUCCAAAGCCAAGAUCCCCUUUACUGCAGACAGCCACCAGAACUUUGCCAUGUCCUUCCAGUUGGUUGACGUCAACACUGGAGUGGAGCUAACUCCUCACCAGACUUUUGUGCGGCUGCACAACCAGAAAACUGGCCAAGAGGUCGUGUUUGUGGCUGAGCCCGACAGCAAGAAUCUGUACAAGUUUGAGUUGGACACAAUGGAGCGUAAAUCUGAGUUUGACUCCAUCUCUGGUACCUACUCCCUGUACCUCAUUGUUGGUGAUGCUACCUUGGAGAAUCCCAUCUUAUGGCACAUGGCUGAUGUCAUUCUCAAGUUUUUGGAUGAAGAGGCUCCUGCUACCAUUCAGCCCAAGACUCUUUAUGUACCUAAACCAGAAAUCCAGCACUUGUUCAGAGAACCAGAGAAGAAACCUCCCACUGUUGUCUCCAACACCUUCACUGCACUCAUCCUGUCUCCCUUCCUGCUUCUGCUCAUCCUGUGGUUUAAGCUCGGAGCAAACAUCUCCAACUUCAGCUUCACUCCCAGCACCAUUCUCUUCCAUGUAGGACACGCAGCCUUGCUCGGCCUGAUGUACGUUUACUGGACCCACCUGAACAUGUUCCAGACCCUGAAGUACCUGGCGAUUAUUGGCAGCAUAACUUUCCUAGCCGGGAACCGCAUGCUGGCACAGAAAGCUGUAAAGAGGAUUGCAGCAGAGCAAAGUAGUAGGUUGGCAAAGUAUAGGAGCCUACGAUAAAGCCCCCCCAUUUGUAACAAACGAGUUGAUGGUGUUCCAGGCUGAAAAAUGAGAAAAAAUAAAAGCAAGGCACAAAUGAAUUAAAAGAAGACACUGUCGAAGUUCGUUUUUUGUUUCCAAGGAGUCGGUCAUCAAAAUCAGACUUUGUCCAUGAUAUGGCAGUUCAAGAGUCCAGUCACCACUUUAAACAUGCAGUUUGUCUCUGUGUUGCCAGAUGGAAGAAAUUGAGACAUCACAGCAUCUCUGAGGGGGGGGGGGGGGAACACUCACUGACAGAUUCUCCCAGAGAGCUGUGAAGCUACUGAUUAUUGCACUUCAUCUUCCUGUGAGAUUUAUUCCGAUUGUCCAACAUAACAUAAGUGAGCCGGGAUUUUGAUUUGUGGUAUUUUUUUAUUUUCUCAUCGAGUUGGGAUUCGUCUUUGUCUUUUUUUUGUACAUUCCUCUUUGUUUUGACUCUGUGCCCAUUUUAUAUUCUAUUUUUCAGCUGAUAAAACACUGGCAGCAGCAGCACUGACACUUGGAUCGUUACUAACUUUGCCAGCAUGUUCACCUGUUAGGUGGCUCAAACAUGCAGGAGGAGCUCCAGUGUCCUAUUUGAUACAUUUGAGUUUUGGCCCCCGACCCCAGACAAAUUGUUAAUAAUUAAAUAUGGGCAAUUUGAGGAUGUGAUGUUUUUUGUAAUGACCAGGAAUAAAUAAAGAAAUUGUGGGUGAA